AUGAUUGUAAUGUCGUCCUGUCAUCAGGGCAUACCUCCACUCCCUCAUGAAAGCGAAUCCCUCAAGCAGCGACGGCUCAAGCAGCGACGUGAGAAAGCAUUGAAGACCUACCAGAAUGUCUCUGGCGGAUAUGCUCGCUAUUGUCUGUCUAAAGACGAAGCCGAAGACAUGUACAGAGAAGCACUGCAAUCGUCUCAGGUUGUCCUUGUGAAGACACCAACUCGCGAAACCCUCAAGCUUUCUCAGCUUAGCGGUUUGAAUGGAUUUCGCAAUGGUGAUCCAACAGGUCCAGAGGAGGCGUCUUGGAUGGCAGUUUUAGUGGGUAGGAAUCCCGGAGUGUAUCUCCUUGAUGAUGUUGGGACUGUUGGAAUCCAGGAAAAUAUCAAGUUCAUUAAGGGCGCUCGGGCUGUUCCCUAUCGGUUGAGGUCAGAGGCGGUAGAGGCGUUUACCUUGGCAUUGAAAGCAGGUGUAGUUGUUAUGGUGGAUCGUGGACGUGAUAUUCGAUUACCAUUAACUCUAAACACUACCAGUGUUGUUGACGGGGAGCCAUUUGUAAAGUCAGAGGUAGACAUUUGA